UUAAAAAAAAGAUUUCACAAUUCUUCCUUUAUCGACUGUGCGUGUUAAUAGUUAUCUCGUGAUCGGGCGCAAAAAAAGUUAUCUCGUGAUAAAAAAGAGUCAGUUCGCAGUUAUAAGAAAUGCCACGUGGUUGACAAAAACUGUGGACUUUCAUGUACUACCAUCCAUCUAAUUCCCCCUCAUGUAAACUGUAUGGUCUGUCCAUAUCACAUAAUAAAACUUGAAGUGUUGCAGACACCAUCCACUCAUUGCUUCAAAGGUGAGUCAGCAACUCACCAACUCCAAUCCAACUUCCCUCAAAAACAAUCUUUCUAGACUUGAAUCCACUCACCUGUUUUGUUCAUCAUAUUAGUAUCUCAAACACCACUGGCACUCAGGCAAGCACUAUGGAGCUGUUGGCAACCAUGAAGUUUUGAGUCUCAGUAGCAGCCUGAACUCUCAGGAGAUUGGUGAUCAUUUUUUUCUGAAUUUAUGCAAGAGAGAGCAAACACAAGGAUCGGGGCCCAUCGUUCUGAUUACCGUCGGAGAAGAGCACACACACCAGCAACAUGGACUGGGUGGAACAAUUCAACAUUUGUGAUCUGAAAGGACCAAAGAAUCUGCCAACAUCUGGUCCACUGAGUUUCACAAGCAGACAGUUCCCUCGAGAGUAUUACAAUGUUAAGUCCAUGAAGAUAAAGCUUAUAUGCAACUUUGGUGGUACUUUCUUACCAAGGCCAAGCGACGGCGAGCUCCGGUACAUCGGCGGUGACAGGCAUCUGAUGAAAAUUAGCCGGGACAUUUCUUGGCAAGAGCUGAUCAGCAAGACAACAAAGCUAAUAGGGAGGGCUCACACCGUAAAGUACCACCUCCCAGGGGAGCAAUUGAGCAUGCUCAUCUCCAUCACCUCUGAUGAUGACCUUCGGCAUAUGAUUGACGAGUGCAUUGUGCUGGAGGAAAACAGAGAGAUGAUCAACAUGUACCUCUUCUCUCGCAAGGACGAUGAGCGCCACGUGCAUUUCGUGGUGCAAGGCUCAUCUGAUGCCGAGAAAGAAGCGCAGUUCAUUGCUCUUGUCAAUGGAGUCAUCACACUAGGUUAUGAACCAAGAGCACAUAGCGUCGGUAAAUCCUCAGUCAAUGACCUGGACCAGCUGCUGUUUGGCAUCAGUGUGGAAGCAGGACCGCCGGCAGGCAGAAUAGAGGAAGCUGCAGUGUCCACCAAAAGUAAGCCCUUGCAGAGUAUCGCAGUACCGCCGGUGGCCACAAGUGGUCAGCUGGAGAGGACGCCCCUAAGUUCCCAGAGACGGAUGAUCAACCAAUAUGAUUCCAAGCCACAAAGUAAUGAAGACAGCAUGAUCUCUGCAGCCAGGAAGACUAGUAAAGCUACUGGGGUGCAGGAAAAAAUAUCACCAAGGAAACAGCUUCAGAUACCGUUGGACAACAGUAGUGUGACGACGCAGCCAUCGAAUUCACUGAGGAAGAACACUAACCUCCAAGCACACAAGAAGGUAGAGAUAUCGGAACCUAGUGAUCAAUCUGGUAGUCCUGGCUGCAAUACCAGUGCAAACUUGCAGUAUCCAGAGAGGUCAGUUGCAGCCAACAGCAUCCAGAAGAACCAGCCCGCAGGCCCUGCAACAUCGGUACUUCCUUUUGCUUCCACACCCUUAGACAAAAGAAUAAAUCUACAACCAAAUACUCUCGUGCGUGCUUCGAGUGAUACAAUACAAGAACGACCCAGCAGUCCAACAGCAGAUGAGCAUUCAUCUGAAAUCAUUCGAUUUCGCUCGGUUGGCACUGGCAUCAUUAAUCCUCAAAUCAGAGCUCCAUUGCAUGAAGCUGAAGAUGAUGCUUCACCAUCAAUCCCAGAGGCUGAGCUGCGUGAAACCAAGAGCAGUGAAAAAUCUCUGCCUGCAAAUGCAGUGUUGGGCAGAGAUCUUAUGAGCAAUGUCCAGAUAAUAAGCAACGACGACCUCGAAGAUCUUCGUGAGAUGGGCGCCGGAGCAUUUGGAACUGUUUUUCAUGGAAAAUGGAGGGGAACAGAUGUUGCCAUUAAACGGAUAAACAACAGUUGUUUUUCAUACCAAUCAUCCCAGGCAGACAAACUGAUAACAGAAUUUUGGAGAGAGGCUGCUAUCAUCUCCAAGCUUCAUCAUCCCAAUAUUCUGGCACUUUACGGGGUUGUGAAUAAUGGGCCAGGGGGGACAUUAGCUACUGUAACAGAGUUCAUGGUCAAUGGUUCUCUAAAGAAAGUACUCAGUCGCAAGGACAAGUAUCUCGACUGGCGCAAGAGGUUACUUGUUGCAAUGGAUGCCGCCAUUGGAAUGGAAUAUUUGCACUCCAAGGACAUUGUCCAUUUUGAUCUGAAAUGCGAUAACUUGCUAGUGAAUGUUAAGGAUCCCUCUCGUCCCAUAUGCAAGGUUGCCGAUUUUGGUUUAUCAAAGAUGAAACAAGCCACCAUGGUUUCUGGUGGAAUGAGAGGAACUCUACCAUGGAUGGCCCCAGAAUUGUUGACAAUGAGCGGCACAAAAGUAUCUGAAAAGGUCGAUGUCUAUUCUUUUGGUGUUGUGAUGUGGGAAAUUCUCACUGGUGAGGAUCCAUAUGAUGGCAUGCACUAUGGAGGAGUUAUAGGGGGCAUUUUGAGUGACACACUGAGGCCGCCGGUGCCCGCUUCAUGUAAUCCGGAAUGGAGGAAAUUGAUGGAGCAAUGUUGGUCGACUGAGCCUGAGCGAAGACCUUCAUUCACCGAAGUCGCGACUUGUCUUCGAUGUAUGCUACAAGCGCAAAAAUGAAACUCUGAGUUAAUCUGCAAGAAAACCACUCUAUGCAUGCUUGUAUAUAUAUCCUUCUUGCACAUGAUCGAGACAAACACGAAUAUUUGUUUGAGUUUCUUAUUACAAAACUGUUCGACUGUUUUGUUUUGAGAAAAGUGUAUAUUGUUGGUCCCUCUAAGUUUACAAGAGGCAGACAUUUGAUC